CCACGAUUGAUUAAAAAAAAACCAAACAGGAGAUAAAAACUAAACCAAAAACCUUCCUAGAGGUCAUUAGUUGUGGCAACCUGGGGUAGUUCCCUCCAGAGCCUAAUUUUUUUUUUUAAAAAAAAAAGGGGGAACAAAUGAUGGAACUAAACCAGAACCCCCAAAUUCUAGAGCUUAUCCGAGUCGUGGCAACCAGGAGCAGUCCCGUCUAGAUCCAGGAAUCCACCUGCUUGUCGGACCGUCGUUGGCUUCUUCACGGUCGCUGGCCGCUUCGACGGGCCGCUUUCACCUUGCUGGCCGCAGUAGAAGUGAGCGGCCGUGGAGUGAGGGGGAAGCCGAGAGCGGUGACGGGAACAUGGCAAGCGAUGGAGGGAGGGCUCUCGAUGAGGAAGGGGCAUGGCCCUCACAUUGGCGCCACCACCCCGCGCCAUGAAGAAACUCCCAUCGUCUCCCUUCCCCGACUAUACUCCGUUCCUUAUUCGCCGCCUCCGAGCCUCGCUCGACCUCGCCUUCGUCGCGUCCACCCAUUCCAAGCUCCUCAAGUCGGGCGGCUCCUCCGCCACCCUCGCCGCCAACCAUCUCAUCGGUGCCUAUCUCCGCUGCCAGGCCCUCCCGAACGCGCAGAAGGUGUUGGACGAAAUGCCCGAGCCGAACGUUGUAUCCUGGACGUCCCUCAUGACUGGCUACGUCAAUGCCGGCCAGCCCGACCGCGCCGUCUCUCUCUUCCAUUUGAUGCACGACCAUCAAGUCCUUCCAAAUUCUUUCACUCUCACUACGGUCAUUGACGCCUGCUCCCGCCUUGCCGACCUUAAAUUAGGCCGACAAGUCCAUGCUCGGGUCGAGACUUUUGGCCUGCAGCCUGAUCUUGUAGUCUCGACUGCUCUCAUUAACAUGUAUGGAAAAUCCAACAGCAUCACCGAUGCCCGCAAAGUCUUCAAUGGCAUGAUCGAUAAGAAUGUCAUUUCUUGGGGCUCGAUGAUCUCAGCUUACACUCAGAAUGCUUGUGGCUAUGAGGCGAUUGCUCUCUUUGCUGAAUUCCUCCAGGAAGGCUUAUCGUUGAACUUAGCUCCCAACCACUUCAUGUUCUCGAGCGUCAUCAAUGCUUGUGCCAGCCUAGGUAGGCUAGGCAUGGGAAGAUCGACGCAUGCAGCUGUAAUCCGACAUUGCUAUGAUGGAAAUGAUGUGAUUGCAGGUGCGCUGAUUGACAUGUAUGGGAAGUGUGGAUGCAUUGAUUCAUCGAGAAAGGUGUUUCAUGGUAUUGCAUGCCCUUCAUUGUUUCCAUUCACCUCCAUGAUUGUGACUGCAGCAAAGUAUGGGCUUGGGGAAUACUCACUAGACUUGUUCAAUGAGAUGGUCCGACAAGGGGUAAUGCCCAAUAGCAUCACUCUCCUCGGCGUUCUCCAUGCUUGUAGCCACUCUGGCCUCGUAGACACGGGACUUCGGUACCUGAAUUCGAUGAGCAGUUGUUAUAAUAUAACACCGAGUGUGAAGCACUAUACCUGCGCUGUUGACAUGCUCGGUCGUGCAGGCCGUCUUGAUCAGGCCUAUGAGAUGUUGAAAGAAGUUCAAGCGGAGGGUGAUGAGACAUUGAUGUUGUGGAGCACAUUGCUCUCAGCGAGCAGGACCCAUGGGAGGUUAGACCUCGCAGUUGAGGCCAGCAAGAGGUUGGCAGGGUUCGACCGGGAUGUCGCAGGUGCCUAUGUUGCAAUGUCAAAUGCUUAUGUUUCAGUUGGGCAGUGGGAAAGUGCAGGGAAGGUUUGGAACGAGAUGAGGCGGCGAGGGAUUCGCAAGGAACCUGGGUGCAGUUGGGUGGAGAUAAAGGAUACUGCUUAUGUGUUCUAUGCCGGGAAAGCCUCAGCAGCAGGUGAGAGGGAAUGGGAGGUGAUGGAGAUAUUGAGGGAGUUGGAGGAGAGGAUGAGAGAGAGGGGGUAUGUUGGUGGAGAUAAUGGAUGGGUGUCUAAUGAAAUGGUCGAAGUGGAGGGAAAGAGAUUGAUGGUCAGAGUGCACAGUGAAAUGCUUGCUCUGGGUUUUGGGCUGAUAGCUGCUCCCCCAGGAGUAACCAUCAGGGUGAUGAAGAACUUGAGGAUGUGUAAGGACUGUCACGAGGCAUUCAAGCUGAUCAGCGACAUUGUUGGGAGGGAGUUCGUGGUGAGGGACUUGAAUAGGUUUCACCACUUCAGGCAUGGGUUUUGUACUUGCAGGGAUUAUUGGUGACUGCUAUGCUCGCGUCCUUUUAUCAUACAGAAGCAAUACAUACUAUGAAAUCAUUCACAAGCAACUCUACAUACGUUCUGGGCAUCAUGCUUUUCUCUGAAUUUUUCUUGCAAUCUGAGAUCUCUUUUGCUGAAUGACAUGAGCGAGGGUUUUUUCUUUUUCGCUCUCAAUCAAUUAGACUUGGUUAUUGCCAAGCCAGGAAAAAGGGGUCGUAGUUUUACACAGGAAAAAAUAGAGAAUGAGGAUUAGUUGGCCCCAAAAAUGAUUAGUGGGCCAAGAUGGUUGGGACAGGGCCAAAUGGUUAUGGUUUUCCUCCACAUAAUGUCUAAGAACUCGAUUAACUAUGGAGCAGGAUAGAGCAUGAUAUGUCCAGUGUGCCAUUGAAUAUUGUGAUAUCUGUUUUUGAUGAAUUUCAACCAAAGAAGCUAUGAAUAAAAAAAAGUCGAUUCAUCUAGAAGAAAAGUAGCAGGUUGAUGAUUCCUGGACAGCGGGAUUAAUGGCGAGCCUAGCAAGCAGGAUCCUACUUUGAACUCCUGAAGGCAGAGUGCUGGAAACUGGCCACCUACUGCAAAAGCACUAGAAGCUCUUGCUUGUGGAUUCCUUGGCACAAAGUGCCAGGGAGGGCUACAAAGGCCACAGCAUCAAGUACUUCGACAUCCAGAUGGUCACACCAAGCACAAAAAUCUGUUGGAGCUCCUAGUUCUUCUUCUUCCAAUCUUGAUAGUAUUAGCCCCAAAUUAUAGACUCUAAUGUUGGUAAAAAUGAAGAGUAUAACAUUCACAAAAUCUACAUAAGCAUUUGAAUAGGACUCUUAUUCAUCCUGAGAGGAAAGUGACUCAGGAGUUGGCAUGUGUUGAGUCUAUAAAUGCUGAGGUUGGAGGGAGGGGAUGGUCGUUAGAAUGAUUCCACUGCUUAUAUCAUGGAAAACUUCUUUGAUUUAUACUUUGAUAUUGCACACAA